CUCUAUAGACUUUAUAUAUAUAUGGGGCCAAUUUUUAGUACUUGUAGUACUUGAGAAUCUAAGUAAAAAGGAAAUUAGAAAAAAAAAUCAAAAGAAAUGGAACCAAAAAGUGGCAUUCCAGGAAAAGUGAAACUUCUUAUAGCAUUGCUUGUUUUGCAGCUUUGUUAUGCAGGAUUUCAUAUAGUUUCAAGACUUGCACUCAAUAUUGGUGUUAGCAAAAUUGUGUAUCCAGUUUAUAGAAACAUUAUUGCAUUGCUUUUAUUAGGACCCUUUGCUUAUUUCUUGGAAAAGAAAGAAAGACCACCCCUCACAUUCUCUCUAUUGGUUCAGUUUUUCCUCCUUGCUUUAAUAGGGAUCACAGCAAACCAAGGAUUUUAUAUCUUAGGUUUGUAUUAUGCAUCCCCAACCUUUGCUUCAGCAAUGCAAAACUCAGUUCCUGCUAUUACUUUUAUUAUGGCUUCUAUUCUAAGGCUAGAAAGAGUACAUUUUAUGAGGAGAGAUGGUAUGGCAAAAAUUCUGGGAACCAUUGCAAGUGUUGGAGGUGCCACUAUUAUUACUCUUUACAAAGGCCCUCCAUUAUUAAGAGGAAGCAAUUCUUCUGAAGAAGAUAUGGCUGCUUCUCAUGAGAAAAUGUUGAAUUGGACAUGGGGUUGUGUUUAUUUGCUUGGUCAUUGUUUGUCAUGGGCUGGUUGGAUGGUGCUUCAGGCUCCUAUUGUGAAGCAAUACCCAGCCAAGCUAUCACUUACCUCAUUUACUUGCUUCUUUGGAUUAAUUCAAUUCUCAGUUAUAGCAGCUUUUACAGAACGGGAUCCAACACGUUGGAAGAUCCAUUCUGGAGAGGAGGUUUAUCUGAUUUUAUAUGCUGGUAUUGUCUCUUCUGGAAUAGUAUUAUCUCUUCAGACUUGGUGCAUUCAGAAAGGAGGACCAGUGUAUGUUGCCACCUUCCAGCCUGUGCAAACAGUAUUAGUUGCUGUCAUGGCUUUUGUUGUUCUUGGUGAUCAGCUGUACUCAGGAGGGAUACUUGGCGGACUUCUGAUUGUGGUUGGACUUUACCUAGUGUUAUGGGGUAAAAAUGAAGAGAAAAGAAUUGUCAGCCAACAAACUGAAGAGGCAACAUUGACAAAACAUCUUCUUGCUUCCAGCAGCAAGGAGGAAUCCUCGGUUGGAGCUGACGUUUGCUAACAAAAUAUGUCAAAUACAGUUCACAUAUACUUUUUCAUUGAAAUAUUAUUUCUUCUUUUAUGGUUUCUUUCUAAAAUUAAAGCUGCAAGGUCAAUCUAACCUGGCAUGGACGCAGCAGCAAGAACAUUGAACAGAAACCAAAUUAGUUGAAGUUUAGAUUACGAGCCAUGAGUACUGAAUUGGUCGUCUGGCAGCUUAAAAGCUUUUGACAAAUUGGAGUACUUGUUGGAACUA